AUGGAACUUCUGUCUCAACUCUUCGGCACAGUUCUGGGAGUCUUCCGCGUCUUUUUUCUGUUGAUCUGGAUCGAACCCUGGACCAAGAAUCACUCGGUCAAAUCCCAGGAGACCGCGCUGACCUACGAAGAGUGGUAUAACUGGCAGUUCGAGUGGGAUGCCAUCCACGGCGUGGAUGACUGGCUCAACCUCGACCGGGACUCUAACUACGACUGGCAAAUCCUGCGGACGCUGAAACGAGAUCUCGAGCGCUGCCGCAGGCUCGGAGACGACCGCGGGCUAUGCAAUCAGCUCAGAGCACAAAGCUCUCGAAAUGUAUGCCGCAUCUUGUCGCCUGCGCUGUACCGGAAAUCGCAGAUUCAGACCAAACGGUUGAUCCAUGAGUAUAUCAGGGAAGUCCGUCAAUGCAUUGCCCACAUUGCGGACCGCCACUCCUUCGGCAGCGGCGGAACCACGUUCGUCUCGUCCCAGGAGAAGCGCCAGGUCUUGAACGACAUGAGGACUGCUCUCGGUCGGACCACGCUGGUCUUGCAGGGCGGAGCAAUGGUCAGCAUGUGUCAUCUCGGCGUUGUCAAGGCGCUCUAUCUUCAAGGACUUCUCCCUCAGAUCAUCACGGGAACAGGCUCCGGCUCUCUGAUUGCCGCUCUUGCGUGUGUUACACCGGACGAGGAGCUGCCUGACGUUCUCAGCGGCGCGAAUAUCAAGCUCGAUGCUUUCAUUCGUGCUCGGAUGCGACGCUCUACUAGUCGACUGUCCGCUUGGCUGGGCACUUCCUUCAUAGCCACCAUCAGACGACGGUACAAACGGUAUCGGACGAAAAAGCACUUCUUCGACAUCGACAUCCUUCAGGAAUGCGCGCGGGAGAAUCUAGGAGAUAUCACGUUCGAAGAAGCCUAUGCGAAAACCGGUCGGAUCCUGAACAUCACCAUUGCCAUGUCAGAAGUGGCCGGCACUCCCCAGUUGCUCAACUACAUCACGGCACCGCACGUCUUGAUCUGGUCAGCGGUCAUGGCAUCGAUUGCAACCUCCAAGCAAAUGUAUGCUCCCGUCCACCUGCUCUGCAAAAGCGACACAGGAGCCAUCACGCUGUACUUUGCCGCCGACUGCUCGGUGAAAGGAAGCCGGCGCCCGGAUUCAGUCCAUCCGGAAGCGCCUCUGCAACGAAUCGGAGAGUUGUUCAAUGUCAAUCACUUCAUUGUCUCCCAGACACGACCAUAUGUGGGCCCAUUCAUUGACUUGCAGAGAGCCGCCGACCACCACCAACCGCUCGGUGUCCUCGUGCGAUUCUGUCUAGGCGAGGCAUUACACUGGCUCGAGAUUCUGAACGCAUUCGCCCUGUUGCCGACGUUUCUGCAACGCGUCUUGAUGGACGAGGUGGUCCCGAGCUUCGCCUCGUGGUCCAAGAUAUCUAUCACGCCACAGCUUCGGCCUGGGGACGUGUUCAGGCUGUUCGACACGCCCACAGAGGCCAGGCUGCAAGAAUGGACUCUUCGCGGCGAGAGAUGCACUUGGCCCUAUAUCUGCGAACUGCGAUGCCGAUGCGACAUCGAGAUGACGUUAGAGGCUGCGUAUGCGAGGGUACGUCGAAGAGCGCUGGCUGCCAUCAAUCCAACCUAA